CUUGCAAUGGGCUACGCUACUACUAGCAUAUCAUCGCACACCUUCACGAUUCGUACGACCCCGUGCCCGAUUCGACUGGCCAUGGUCCUGCCACUGAACCUUUUAGGUCAACAUGCUCUCUACAAUCACCAUAUUCCAACUUGCUCUCCUUAUCGCACUUAUCUGGAAGACGGUUUACCCGGCAAACCAUCAAGCCCUCUUCGACAUUGACGCCUUUCUUACAACAGUGUAUGGCGUGGGUGGUGGGCUAGGCGUCAUGAGCUACACGUUGGCGCAGAAUUCCGAGCGUCUGCUCAAUCGCGCCCAGGAUAUGUGCGGAAACACCAUCAUGGUUGCAUUCGCGAUGUACGCCUGUUGGUUCUGGUUCCGAGGUAUAAACGAACUGGUGAGUCAAUCGAUGCUGAUUCUUCCUCCAUUCCAAAGUUUGCUUGUACUGAUGCGAUGGUCAAGGAACACCUGCCCUACCCGGCGUACGUUUUCUUCUUUACUAGAGUCCGCUUGCAUGGAUGGUUCGCCACGUUUAGCCGGAAAUGGACCACGUGAGAAGGAAGGUGCGUCCUCCUCCGUCUCAUACGCUUACACGGUACCACACCAUUAUGCAGCCCGCUUGAGUUGCCGCCUGCGACCAAAGAACUCAGUUCCAGUGAACAUGUCUGAAGGCCAGAAAUCACCCGUGGAAAUCGCAAUAGUCGGAGAAGAAAACGAUACCCGCGAACGACCGUGGAAGAAGUGGAUUGAAGCUGAAAUGAAGGAAGGUGGUGAGCGAGGACGUCCUUGGGUAAACUGGAAGCCUCAGGAUGACUCUCCUUGGGCCAAGCCUUGGGUUGAAUGGCACCACGAUCUUCAACGUGAUCUUUCACCCACCCAAGGAUCUUGA